AUGGACGCCUACCACUCCUCCUAUACACGCAAGCUUGAACUUACCACAACUAAUUACGCCAUCGGUGCCGUAUCUGUCUACUAUCACCACGCCUCUCAACCAUACAUCGAGGAUGCGGCUAGAAUUCCCGCCGACGGAUCUCGUGGUCUGGCAGGCGCGCACCAACAUAUCGGCCGCAUCGUGAGCCUGCACAAGGGCUCAAGUAAUUGCAUAUUCUCUGCGUUCUGUGAUGAUCAACGGUGGUAUUCCUCGCGCAACGGCAAUAAGCUCUCAUUGAAUCCAAACUCCGGUGCCAUCUCGCAGCCCAAGGAUCUCAAUGCUCACCCAAGCGUCGUGCAGAGCAACGAGGCAAAUCCCGAGGAAACACUGGAAAACAUCUUUCUGGAUUUCACCGCCAUGGAGCAUGCUUUCCCAAGAGAGUUCGCAGAGCUUAGAAACAGGAUCCGUAAGGCUCAGUCACAGAUCGAUGAACUACAAGCAGAGUGGAAGGUGCGGCUAAUCGAGUUGGACAAGUGGCAGACCAAAAUCGACGGAUUACUCGUGGAAGUGGACUCACAACGCGCUCGGUUGGAUGAAGAAAGUGCGAAGUUGGAGCGUGCGCGCGUCGCGGUAGCGGAAGAACAUGCACGGUUAGAGAAUGGCCGUUGCCAGCUAGCCGCAGACCGUGUGUUGCAAAAGGAAGAGCUUGUGCGCCAGGCGCUGUCUCACCGGGCGGAGAGUCUCCGCGAUCAAGAGGCGCAGACAGAUCAGACGGAGGUGCAAGUCCCGCAUCCAGGUGCGGGGUAUCACGGAGAUAGGGUUUCUGUUCGCGAGCAAAAUGAGCAGGGUGCGCAGGACAAGCGGGAGGAACAAACUCCGCAGAGCGCGGCUUGCAAGGGUGCAGAUGCGCUCCAUAUGCCGACGGGAGGAUCCCACAGGUCUAGUUUCCCGCCUGACAGCGACUUUGGACCUUGGGCUUUUUUCCCUAUGUUUGAGGACGGGCCCGCUGCCUCGCCAAACGACUCCUUAUGGCCCGGCGUGCGAGCCCCUCCACUCGCUCCUGAGCCACAAAUUAUGUACUCGACGGGCCCCAAGAACGUGCUGUACAGCACGCAAGCAGAGGAUCACACAUCACACGAUCGCAGCUACUCUCUCUCCACAAUGCACUAUACACUGCGGCAUGCAUCCGCAUCAUCGAAUAAUCACCAACGGUUCGCUGAUCUGUAUCCCAUUGGAUUCAGGAACAUGCCGCCCCCAACGAUCCCUCCUGAGCCUCAGAUCAUUUAUGAGACUGCUCCUCGAUCCUGA